AUGGACCUUCAGGUGCGUUCAUUCUCAUUCAGUCUUAAUAAGAUCCCUGGACAUAUUAAUGUACACUCAACUAUAGUAAAUAUACCAAUCGAUGCACACCAUGGAGCCGACGAGUCGAAUCAGCCUGAGGCAGAGAGUUUGAAUGCGUACAUUUCAGAUGAGCCAGUUGCAGAUGUUGACCAGUGGAUGGAUCUUGAGGAGGAAGAUGGCUCAGAACAUCGACACAAUGUUGACGACAUUCAGACCGAGUAUCACCCUAACUCUGGAAUCCCAGCACAGACACAAACAUUCUCAACAUUUCAGCGCGACCUUUUGCAAGACCCACCAACUCCUGAUGCGCAACCUUGGGCGCCAUUUCGAUGUCGGCUGGACUUUGAGGUAGCUGAACUUGCUCAUGAAGCCACUCUCAGCCAGCCUCAAAUUGAGCGGCUAAUUGACCUUUUGCAUCACUCGAAGCAGGAACCUUUCAGCCUGUGCAACUACAAAGAUAUUCGGAACAUGUGGAGUGCUAUUUCCCAUCGUCUAACACCAUUUCAAAAGCGAACAAUUCGAGUGCCUUACGAUGGAGUUGAUCAAGAAUUCACUCUCUACUACCGGGACUUAUGGGACUGGGUGUGCGACCUUCUUCGCGAUCCUUAUCUUGGCCCUCAAUUUACCUUCGACGCUCAACACCUGUCAAAGUUUGACGGUAAUACAUUUGUGAGAUUUAUUGACGAGCCUUGGACUGUGGAUACUUUUUGGGAGGCUCAGUCAGCUAUGCAAAGCCAUGCAAAGCCUCUCGCAUUCAUCCUCUACGCAGAUAAGACAAAGUUGUCUUCCUUUGGUCGUGAAAAAGGCUACCCUGUGAUUGCCUGUAUUUCAAACCUCCCUGCAUCCAUCCGAAAUGGUGAAGGCAUUGGUGGCGGUCAAGUUGUCGCCUGGCUCCCCAUUGUCAAAGAUGAUCCCUUGAGGUCGGGAAAACAGAAAUUUGCGGAUUUCAAAGCUGCAGUUUGGCACGAGUCCUUCAAGCGAAUACUCAAGUGUCUUAGAUCGAAGAGGAAAUGUGGUGGAUGGGUGGAAUGCAUUAUGUCCCUGAUCCGUGGAGUCAUGGGCAAAUUUCCAUGUCCAAUUUGUUUGGUUCCGCGCGCCGAGUUGCAUAACCUGUUGAAGACCUGGCCACUUCGCACACGUCACGAUGCUGUUUGCUUGCUCAGGAAGGCAAGAAGGAAGUACACCAAGGCAAACAUAACUCAACAGAACUCUCUCAAUCUAUCAAAGCUUCUGGACAUCUUUCAUGCCCUUUGUUUUGACCGCCUACAUACUCACCAUGAAGGACUGUGGGGAAAACACUUGUGGAUCGAGCUGCAAAAAUGUGUCAAUGAAGUUGGUAGACACGCUGCGACUAAAAUUGAUGAAGGGUUUGCAGUAGUGCCAAGGUGGAGGAAUCUCAACCACUUCAAGGAGGUCAUGGGAGUUAGCUUCGCUGAUGGGACAAAGCAUGAAGACAUAUUAAAGUUGAUUCUGUUUGUUGCCCAUGACGUACUCGAUCCUGAAACACACAAGUCUGGAUAUCUGCUCCUUCAAUGUAUUCGAGCCCAUUUAGAUGUAGACAUGUUCGCAGCUCUUGAGGUUCAUACCACACAGACCCUUGCUGCCGGUCGAGCCACUCUUGACGAUUGGGAUUUUCCAAAAUAUCACUUGGGCGUUCACCUUUUUGACGAUAUCAAGGCCAAAGGCAUCUUACGUGCGGACCAUUGGAGCCUUGUAUCUGCAUGGAUUCGCUAUCGCAUCAACGACCUUGAUGCCUAUAAUGCAAGGAAAGAAGCGAGUGAUCUUGAUGAUUCAGAUUCCGAUGAUGAAGUUCUGAACGCGCCUGGACCGGAGUCCAGCUUUCAUAUCAAGCUUGGUUCAUCACACCUUGAAGACCCGGCAUUUCAUCAGUUUCAUACCAAACUUAACCGCUUUCUCAACAUGAUACCUGUCAUUGCACGAAAUGGACAUGUUGCACUUGAAUUAAGUGCCAAUAUAGUAACAGAAUUCCGGUACUUGAAAGCAAACUUCGAGUCGAUGGUUGAUUUUUGGACAUCGACAGACUACCUCCGCUGUUCCCCGAUGUUUCACAAUGCCCCAAGAUAUGACUCCGUCAUCAUCAGGACUCAAGACAGGAUCAUCUUUGGUCGCUUGAUAUUCAUAUUCACGUGCUUAGUUGAAGGCACAAGUCACCCCAUGGCUCUUAUUCAACCUUGUGAUGCCCCCAUUCAAAAUCGACCUUUGAAGGACAGGCUCCUGGGUUUAUGGCGAGUUGGAGCUCAACCUCAGCAUAAGAGUGAGUUUAUUUUCACUGAAUCGAUUAUCAGGGGGGCGCUGUUGCUUGAGGAUCGCUCUCAGCCUGGUGACUUCCUUGUUGUCGAUUCAAUCGACACUGAUAUGUUCCUUCACAUGAAACUUCACAAAGACUCCCAUGUAUACUGA